AUGCUUAACUAUCACGCACCACAGCAACAACAGCAACCACAACGAAUGCAGCAAUUAUUGAGUAGCUCAAUUUCUAAUACCGACAAUUUCUAUUAUCCGCAAAUGGCAAACAUGCCAGCGCUGACAUUGCAAAGUGUUGGUGGCGCGAAUUGUGGUGGCAGCAGUGUCCGUGGGCUGACAACGCCGGCAUCAUCGUUGGAUCAGUUGCACAGCAUGACACAGCAUAAUGCAUUUGCUGGGCAUAAUUGCAACAACAACAACAACGAAAGCAAUUCCAAUGCUAUUAAUAUGAGCCCGCAUCAAGCGAUUGCUGCUACAGCCGCUGGCACAGCCUAUCAACAGCAACAGCAGCAGCAGCAGCACCAGCAACAACAACAACAACAACAACAUCGACUUUAUCCCCAUCACCAUGCCCAACAUAAUCAUAAUCAUCAUCACCCACAUCAAUCGCAAGCGGAUAGAAUUGCCGUCGGCAAUGAUGCCGUUGCUGUUGCUGUUGCUGCUUCUUCAUCGGCUGCUGCUCGCUGCGGCAGCGGUGGUACUUGUUCGCCCGAUGAACUUACAAAAAUCGAAGAUAACUAUCCUCUGCAUGUCGACGGCAGCAAACAUUCGGAGAAUGUUAAGCGAUUCUCCGUGAACAACUUGCUAGAAUUAGCCAAUGAUUGUCGCAUUUCGGGCAAAUUGCAGCAUCAGCAUCAACAGCAGGAGGAGAAUGUGGAUGGCACGCAAAUCAACGAUUUAGAUAGUAGCUUUCGUAGCAGCAGUGACGAUUACCCUGAAACGUACAGCCAACACCUGCACUCACACACCACGCACAUGCUGCAGCAACAUACAAAUAACCAACACCAACAACUCCAUUCGCAACAUUCACAACAUCCUCCGCAAACACGUGCGCCGUCGGCAACACAGCAACACUCACGCAAACCGCGUCGAAAUCGCACCACUUUCACCUCUGGCCAAUUGACUGCACUGGAAAAGGUCUUUGAACGCACCCACUAUCCGGACGCAUUUGUGCGCGAAGAACUGGCCACCAAGGUGGGGCUGAGUGAAGCGCGUGUGCAGGUCUGGUUUCAAAAUAGACGCGCAAAAUUUCGUCGCAAUGAACGCAGCUCAACGAGUGGUCGCUCCAUAUUGGCGAGUACACCUCAACCGGUGCCGCCCAUCACAGUCACGCACAAAUUCGAUAAAUCCAUUGCUGGCAGUGGUGGUGCAGGUGGAUUUUUUCAUCAACAAAUGGAUCAUGCGGCCGCAGCAGCAGCCGCAUACACGCUGAGCUUUCCUACGCUUGGCAUGUAUUCGACGGCGGCGGUGGCCGCGGCUGCUGCAAAAAAUUAUGCAAAUUCCUAUAGUGCAUUUGGGAGUGCAGCAUCGGUGGCAAGCGCCGCGGCUGAUGGGCUCACUGGGGCUGCGGGUGGUGGAGGUGGCGUCGGCGGUGGCGGUGGUGCAGGCUGCGGCUUCUUUGGUUCGUCGAAUUAUUGUGCGCCAGCGGUUGGCUAUCAGCACAGCUAUGCACCGUUAAGGUACAAGGCAGCACCGGGGUUUUCUGCGUUAUGAACGUGGUUUGUGAAGAGCGGCAGAUAAGUGAAUA